AUGGAAAAGCCAAUCCCCGAACGCACGAAUCUGAAUAAGACGACCAAUGAAGAGGAGAAAAGACAGAGCCAAGCGAAGGAUGUCGAGGUCGCUGCAGGUGAGGAAGGCGAAGUGCAUACUGGAAUACCAUGGCUUGUUCCAAAAAUUGCAUCUGCAUACUUUGCUUUCUUCGUCUUUGGUCUCAAUGAUGGGGCGGUUGGUGCGCUGAUCCCUCGGAUCGAGGAAUACUACCAUAUCUCCCACGCCGUCGCCUCCCUCGUCUUCCUCAUGCAAUUCGUCGGCUACAUCUGCGCCUGUAGUACCGCCUCCCUCCUCCUCACCCACAUCUUCCACAGCAUGCUCUACAUCUCCCUCUUUGCGAUCGCAACUCAAGGCCUCUGCUACGUCCUCCUCUGCUGGGGUCCACCCCUCCCACUCUUCAUCAUUUCGUACCUGUUUUCGGGGCUUGGUUUGGGUGUGCAGGAGGCAGUGUUUAAUACGUUUUUGGGAGGGUUGCCGGGUGCGACAAAGUUGUUGGGUGCGUUGCAUGGGUUUUAUGGGUUGGGGGCAGCGGUUGCGCCGAUUAUUGUUACGCAGGGGUUGAUUGAUAAGGGGAAGGUUUGGCAUGACUACUACUUUGUCAUGAUCGGAGUGAGUGUCCUGGCGUGGGUCUUCGUCGGUGUGGCCUACUGGAGUGAACGAACCCAAAAAUGCAACUCGGCUUCGACGGGUGAGGAGUCGGUGACGGCCGUUGUCGAGGUGCCGUUGGAGUCUGAAGAGGAGGCAAAGAACAAUUCCACCGACUUGACGACAGGCCAGAAAAACCUGAAGGAUGCACUGAAGUACUCUUUGACCUGGCUCUUUGGCAUCUUCUGUCUACUUUACGUUGGUAUGGAGUUUGCUCUCGGGGGUUGGGUCGUUUCCUACAUGGAAGAUGUCCGACACGCCUCCGAAUCAGACGCCGGAUGGGUUGCCACAGGCUUCUUCCUCGGUAUCACCGCUGGACGAUUCGUCCUGCCCUUCCCCACCGCACGAAUGGGAGAGAAGCUCGCGGGUACGGUGUACCUCUGUGUCGUCCUCGCCCUCCACCUCCUCUUCUGGCUCAUCCCCCACUUCAUCGUCGGUGCAAUCUGCGUCUCAUUUCUUGGGUUCUUUCUUGGACCACUGUUCCCCAUCGCAGUCUCAUUGGCGAGCAAGACCCUGCCGCGCGAGGUACAUGUCAGUGCGAUUGGGUUCAUUGCGGCGGUGGGAGGCGCUGGUGGGGCGGCAUUUCCGUUUAUCGCGGGAGUCGUGGCGAGUGCAAGGGGUGUAAGUGCGAUACAAGGCCUCGUUAUUGGGCUGAUUGGGGCGAUGAUUGCGUUGUGGAUUGUGAUACCGGCGAGAUGGGGGAGGUGGUAA